UGCGUUCGGGAAUCCAUACUGUGUGCAUAUCACUAGAUACCAAUUGUUCUGAAACACCCUGGCUAUAUUCGGAAACAUCACUCUGUUUUGGAGUAGAGUUUUGGAACGCAGUCUAGAGAACACUGUGGCCCCCCCACUCUUCAAAUAAAAGCAAGCGUUUGGUCCAAGUAUAGAUCGUGAAGUAUAUCUGAGCAUUAUGGUUAUGGAAAUACCAGAAGCUACUUCUUUUUUUUGGAAACAAGGUAGAAUAAAGACAUUCAACAGUUGGCCUUUUAAAAUAUCGAACAAGUGUAAUUUAGAAUGCAUGGCUGCUGCUGGAUUUUAUGCCAUUGGAAAUAACGAUGAACCAGACUUGGUAGAAUGUUUUAUCUGUGGCAAACAAUUAGAUGGUUGGGAACCAGAUGAUGAUCCAUGGGAUGAGCACGUAAAACAUCAAACAAAUUGUUUAUUUGUCAAAUUAAAUAAGCAGGAUGAAAAAACAUGGACAGUAGAAGAAUUGUAUGAAUUGUAUAAAAAAUUCAAAAUAAAAGAAUAUAUGUACGAAUUAAAUAAGAAUAUUAACAUGAUAAAGGAUGAAGCAGCACAAUUAAAAAAUGAGUUAUCCUCUUUGUAUAAAACAUCACGAAAGAAUAAAAAGAGCAUUGGCUAAUGUGAAAUAAAAAUAAAACAUUAUGUUAACUUCAUGAUACAAGUUCAGGCAUCAUCUCUCAGGGAUAUCCUGAGAAAAUGUCUUGAGAAUGUCCCAAUGUCCUAAAGACAUCCACAGAACAUCCAUGGGAUAUCAUGUACUACUACUAUACUACUAUUUACGAAGGAAACUAUUGAUUCUCACCAAACUUCAACAUAUAACUUUAAGACUUAUGAUGUUAGUUUUUUUUUUUCUUUAUAUAACAGGGAUUUUGGAAUAUUUGUAAAUGUUUAAGUUAUAUGCUAUAUCAAUUUUGUAAUACGAAUAUAUAUAUUAUAUAAUAAAAGAUGUAAUUAUUGUAGAUUCA